CCCCCCAGCGGCGCGCCCUUCCGUCGGCCGGGCUCUCCUCAGGGCUGGGGGCGUCACCUCCCCGGACUGAGAGGACGGAGCGGAGGGCCUGGGCGCGGGCACGGGCACCACGACAACCUUCUCUCUGCUCCUCCCUCGGCCUGAGGGCGGGGGGCGGAGGCUGGGUUUGGUCACAGAGGCAGAUGGGGAGAGAUUUAAGGCAGUGUGCCCGCUGGAGGGCAGCAGGCACUGGUGGGGAUCUGGGUGAGGUUCCGGGGCUGUCGAAAGGCGACGACGCUCUUUGGAGGCUGGCAGAGGGGAGCACCUGGAGUGCCUGGCUGGGUGAUGCUGUGAGCACAUGAAUAGUGUGAGAGGACUCUUGGCUGCCUCUGUAAUUUCUGUUCAGAACUCCUGCUUCACCUAUCCUGCCUGUCAAAAAUGCUUUUCUAGGCUGAUACUGGAUUCUAGGAGGUUUAACUGUCUAAAAUGUGGCUGCACAGGUGAAGCUAAAGAUGCAAGCUACAGAUAUAGAUUGGCCCUAAGGAUUGCUGACACUAAGGAUUUGUUUGAUAUUACCGUGUUUGGCAGUUGCUUAGAUCCAUUCUUUGGGGUCACUGCAGAAAAUCUGCAGAGGUGUAUUCAAGACUUCAAUCAGCUGUCAGGAGAAACCAACGCAGAGGCCUGUCCAGGAGUGUUAGUUCAAGCAGUGGAAGCCUGUUUCAUUGGAAAAAGAUUUAUAUUUGGAGUGAAGGAUUUUGCAAGGGAAGAUAGAGGGCAUUCUGCUGCCAACAGCAUCUUGCAAAACCGUUCCAGAAUUAAUAGAAGUACAAAAAACCUUACAGCUUGCCAGAUCUUCCUGCCAAAUGCUGCUGUUACUGGCUUCACCGUUAUCAGCUACUUCCAUCGGCUCCUACAGUCGGCAGAAUUCAGGAGCUGUAAUAACAGCUCAUACUUACCUGAUGCGUCUUCAGCUCCAAUAGAUGAACCUGUCAGUGAGCUCAGCAGCUUGUCUAGCCUCAGCAGAAGCUCCUGUUUUGUUCAGUCUCAUGGCAGAGAAAGUUUUUUAGGGUCCUGGCAGCAGUCCUUCAGCCUGACUUCAUCUGUUGCUGGGGUGACAGUGGAAGACUUUCCCACUCUGGAAGUGGGAAAGCUGGUAAGUGAACAGCAUGACCAAGAGGGGUGGGCUGUGUCUGCAGAAUCAUGCAGUGUAAGCCUCAACAAUCAAACUCUUUGGGAUUCACAGUUUUGCAGCUCUGCUGUGAAGGAAAGGGAUAAAGAGGAGGAUAAUGAAUUGAGUUCACAGCCCGGUCGGACUGACAGUACCUCUGCAACUGAUAAAUUAGAGAGAAUAUUCUCUUCAAAGACUGAGCCAUCACAUGGAAACAGUUCCAGGUUGUUACAGCAUCCCUUGGAAUCUGGGGUAAAAAGCAUUUACCCAAAGACUAAUAGUAGAGAUUAUUCUUACCCAGAAAAAUCCCACAACUCCCUUUUUUACAAGAGAGAUCCCUCAGCUUCUGACCAUGUAAAUGUAGCUGGAGUAUCUCAGACAGACUCAGUGCUUUGGGAUGAUCUCCCAUUCUCAGAAAGCCUAAAUGAAUUUUUAGCCAGAUUAGAAGAUGGUAAGAGUGGUGUAACAUCACCCAGCCUUGAGGCAGGCAAACAUGCCCUUCUUGAAAGUAACAAGUUGGGUGUAAAUCCUAACAAAUCGUAUCCCAGGCAAAUCCUAGUAGCUGGUGAUUCACCUAAAACGAGCCUCUCGGGGAGGUACUUGCCACCAGCAGAGAAUGAUAGCUGUGAGAACAUAUCGUUUGCUUGUUUUCAGUUGAAUGCAAAGUCUCCAAGCGAUGAGGUGUCACAAUGUGAGUCUUCCUCUAAUGCUUUAUCUUCAACUGACAAGGAAUGUGGAGCAUCUUGCUUUGCACCUAACCCUCAUCUACUUAUUCUGUCACAGUCCUUGCCGGUUACAUCAGAGCCUUCUGCUUCCGAGAGCAGAGAUGUGCAGUCCAAAGAAGCAAAUAUUGACAUUUCAAAGUCAGCUUGGUCUUUUAUUAGUCUGCAGCCUACUGCUGAACACAGAGAAACCUCCUGUUUAAAAAUGAGCAAGGGAGCUACCUGUCUGUUUUCUGCAUAUUAUAGCUGUUUCUCUGGUUGUACAGAUAAAGAAAAUUCUUCUACGCCAAGCCAAAGGACAGAUCUUAUGUGCACAGGGGGAUGGGACUCUGAUCCAGCAACUCCCAGCAGCACAAGAAGAAUAUCUAAAGGAGAAUUAAAACCGUUGACAGAACUGUCAGAAAAUACCUUCAAAAGUGUUAAUAGGAGAGAGAUGCUAUGGAACAGUAUCCUCCCUGAAGGCAGCUACAAUGCUUCUGCUGAUCUCUUUGAUGAAAGCGCAAGAGAGGUAGCAAAACCUGUAGAAUUCUUCAAUAAAUCCUGUAAUUCUUUAAUACAGGAAGAUAUUGUGACAGAAAAGGUCACAGCUCCUGAAUUGGUGCUUUAUCCUGGAGAUGUUCCCUGUAACAGUUCAAAAUGGAGCUCAUCCCUACACCAGUCCCCUCCUGUUUUCAGUCAGCACAGUACACCAGUAACUCGCUCCUCCUGUGAGUCCGAGGGCAAUUCAGUCAGCGCUCAAGACUUUGUUCCUUAUUCACAGUCAACUCCUUUGACAAAACCUUGCCAGAAACUGUGGCCUGUUGAGGAAAGCAACUCUUUAGUCCCUAUCUUCACCCCUAAAAAUCCCGCUAAAAUCCAUUCCAAAUGCAAGCGAUCCAGGUCUUCCUUUCAAAAUGUUCUGUUGCAGCAGCUCACUGGCAGGUUAAGGAAACGGCAAAGGCCAGGUAACGGGGAAAACAAAGACAGUAACAGCGCUGUUUCACAGCAGUUCCUCAGCAGCCAGCUGUCUGCCAGCUUGGAGGAGUGGGUCCCUCCAUCUGCAAACAAAAGGCUGAAACCAACAGCAUCUUUACGCUUUAAAACAGGUGCCCGGGCUACUGACUUGCAGUUGACCUGUGGGCAUGCGGGCAGGAACCCUGUUUCUGAGAGCAAAGAGAAGAGUGAAGAUUAUAUGUGCUCCAGAAAUGAGAGAUUAAACCCUGGGAAUAGAGCUGGGAUUCUAACAACUCCUGUAUCUGCAGGCAUCACCAAGGCCUUGUUUUUAAAUGAUACAAUCCUGGAAACUUGUUCCCCUUCAGAAGACAAGAAUCUCCUCUCAAGUGCAAAUUACUCAGGGGGUGUUUUGGAGGGGGCAGCUGCCUGGUCUCCUGAGUUGUUCUUCCAAGCGCAGAGCCCUUUUUCCAAUAAGCCUAAACACUGAAAAGAGAUUUCUAUGCUGUGUUCUUUUUAAUUGUUUUUAAGACUUUUGGGAAGGAGCCGGUAGAAGAAAAGAUCUGUUUAAAAACAAUUAUAUUGUUUAUGCACCUAUUGGCAUAUGUAUCCCUCAGACAAGGUGUGUUUAUUUGCAGAUCUUUGUACCACCGAGAUGGGGGAAAACAGAAUUUGCAAUUACUUUCUUUUAUGUAAGUUAACUCCAGAACGUGCAAUAAAAACUUCUCUAAAUGUG